UGCUGGUGGUGGCUGGGGUGAUGGGCGAGGCAGCUGAGGCGCCCACAGCUGCACCGUCUGCACCAAGACUCGACCACCAGAUCUGCCAUUAUUAUCCUCGCACUUAUCUUCGUUAUUUUAAAGGCCAAUCAUUCUCUAUGGCAACGAAUAAUGAGGCAAUCUUGGAAGAAAUUGAGGCAUUGCAGGCAAUCAUGUUGGAUGAAGUAAAAGUCUUGCAUGGAGAUGGAGGCGUGCCAAAUGGUGUGGAAGUGGUGGUAGUGCCAGCUACUGCCCAAAACAUUGAGGAGCAGCAUGUUAGAGUUACCUUAGUAUUGUCAUUGCCCCCAGAAUAUCCUGACACCAUACCCGUGAUUACUCUCAGGAAUCCACGGGGUGUAGAUGAUUAUGUUUUAGAAAAGAUAAAACAAGAAAGCAAACAAAAAUGUGAGGAGUAUUUAGGCUGUCCAGUAAUAUAUGAACUGAUUGAGGUUGUCCGAGAGAAUCUGACUGCAAACAACACUCCCAGCUGCCCAUGUGCCAUAUGCCUCUACCAUUUCACCGAUACUGAUGUUUUCACCAAAACUCCAUGCUUCCACUAUUUUCAUUCAUAUUGUCUUGGCAGGUAUGUAGCAAACUGUGAUGAAGAGGCUGCAGCAGAGGAAGAAGAACCACAGCCAGCCUGGAUGGCUAAAGAAAAGAAACUGUUGAUGUGUCCUGUAUGUCGGGAUCCCAUUCAAACUGAGCUGAACAGUAGUGAGUUGUUGUUAGCUGCACCUCCUGAGGAAGAGGAGAAUACUGCUCAAUUUAAAGCGGACAGUCCAGAGUUACUUGCUCUUCAGCAGCGAAUGGCUGAGCUCUACAUGCAGCAGAAAGAAAAGGGAGGAAUAAUUGAUUUGGAGGAAGAAAAGAACAAAUUUUUGCUUUCCUCCAGUAGGGCUGAUUUUUGUGAAGAACUAGAAGAUGGGGUUGAAGAUGUUACAAGUAUUAACAGUCCAGAGUCUACUGCAGAGCCACAUCAGGUAGAACCCGCCAUUCCACCUAGUAAGAGAGGUAGUCGUUCACUGCAUCAGAGACCACAAGGACAAAAGUCACAGAGUGGAUAUGGCCGUCAGCCAUGGAGGACAGAGUUGGGAGGAGAUGUCAGGUACUGGUCUGGAAAUCGAGGUGGUCGGGGUAUAAGUGGUAGCCGUGGUAGAGGUGGAACUGGUCGAAUUGUACAUCAGAAUUCAUCCAGAAUUAUCUCCGAGCCACAGGGAUACAGCUCUACAGACUAUAAAACCACAUGCAUAAUAGAUAAUGGAUAUGGAACCAAGGGGCAUGGAAAGCGUGAGAGCAACUCGUAUGAGAAUGGCAGUUUUUAUAACUCAGGAGAUAACAGAGCUGGGGGUAAUGAAAUCAUCAGUGGUGCAGGUGGAGUAUGCAGAAAAGGCCCCAAAAGCUCUGGAAAUCGGCAAAGAUAUGGUUCUGGGAGAGGUAGGGGUCGUGGUCCACCCCCAGGAUUUGCCCCAUCAUCAUUCCGUCACUCCGCUCAAGAUUGGAGUUGACGAUUGUGGCUUGCAGGGUUAUGUCCACCCUGUCUCUUCUUUACUUUCUGUCUUCUCAUCUAUCUACUAAGUAUUAUAAUUGUGACUUCUUUAACCAUAAAGUAUUCAGCUUAUUUAACUUCCCAAAAAAUUAAAUGUUAUAGAAUUAGUUAUAAUGACAACUUUAUGCUUGUUCAUUCUAGAUCACUAGUAGAACGUGUUAAAUGUGCAUAUGUGUCAUUCCUCCAUAUUUUCUCACUUACUUUCUUUCAAAAUAUGAUUUAAGAUAUAAGAAAAGGAAACUCUCUUCACAAGAUACAAGAUACUCAUCAGAUGUUAGAAUAAAAGGUAAGAUUUCCAUAUUAAUACUGUAUUUACAACUUUGACAGGAAAAGAACAUUCAGCAUACUGCCCAUGUUUACAGGAAACAGUAUAGCCUCAAGGGUGGAGAAAGUCAUUUAAUCACAGUCAUGCAUAAUAAAAA